GAUUACGUACUGUAUGACGUCAGUUUAAAGAUUUGUGAUAAAUAAGACUCUGGUAAACUCAAAGAACAGUUCACCUCAAGACUCGACAAGAUGCGCUUGGGAAUGUGUCUUCAGCUUUCGCCGUCAUUUUUGCUGUUUUUGGCAAUUCUUGGAAAUAUCACUUUAGCGGUGAAAGGAAUUUCUGUGCUGCAAACUGGCAAGCUCAACAUGUCGCAAACUUUUCAAGAUUGGAGUUGUGGCAGUGGAUGUUCACCUCCUCUAAAUUGUCGACUGGCUAUUUGUACGAACGUUGCAUUUCCUCAAGCGUUCAGUGGAUCGGCAAAAGUUCAGGUGCACGUGUCAAUAAGCCACGGUGAGGAGUUUUCACGUGUUCACUCGCCUUCUGCAGUGUGGGUUCAGUCCAUUAGCACACGUGGAUUUGAGGUCUGUUCACGUGAAACGGGGACUGGAUCAAAUAAAACUGGAAUUAUUAACUGGCUGGCCUAUCAAAGUCAUCCAAAAAUGAUGUAUGGCAGUGUGAUUUUUCAAGGAAUGUGGACAACAGAAAGCAAAUGUGACAAAGUUACAUUCUCACAGAACUUUGGUGGAAGACCUUCUGUGUUUGUCUCAGCUAAGUACGCUCGUAGUACCAAGCCUGAUGACGCAAUGUAUGUUUGGUUGGAGAACGUGAAUUCUGGAAGUUUCGAAGUUUGCAUCCGGGAAUUCUUGCCAUUUGAUGGAAAACACCAAGACACAAUUGUGGAUUGGUUUGCUUUCCUUGGCGAUGGUUCUAAGUUUAACUUUACGUUGGUAGGAGAAGCGUUUUUUCCCAACGCUGGAAACCCAACAGCUGACGAUAACUAUGGCUUCUGUCAAGUGAGUGUAUUUGAUUGGCAGGUGUCAGUCAUCUCGUAAACGUUUUUCAUCUCAGCUGAAGGGAGAUCCAGCAAACACAUUGUCACAUUCAACAAAAUGACAAUUGCGGGAGUGGUUGUCUCAAGACUAUCUUCUGAUACCUCCUUCGUAUUAAAUUUUAUUGCAGAGGCAGAUUGCAAUUUGAGUGGUUUAAGGACGGAACCUACUAAAUAGAAAGGUUUUUGCACUAGGUUAGGACCACGCGGAAAACGUAGAUAUUUGCAAGGGCUAUU